AUGGAUGGUUUGAUGAGGGAUGUGGAACACUUUCACAUGAGGUGUGCUGCUCAUAUUCUGAAUUUAGUUGUAACUGAUGGCUUGAAAGAAUUUUUUUCGGCGAUCUCUAGCAUUAGAAAUGCGGUUAGAUUUGUAAAAUCUUCACCUCAUUGGGCUGCUAAGUUUAGGGAAUAUGUUCAAUUAGAUGGAAUAUCUUGUAAAAAAUUGUUAUCUCUUGAUGUUUCAACUUGUUGGAAUUCAACCUACUUGAUGCUUGAGGUAGCGGAGAAGUUUCAAGUAGCUUUUGGGAAGCUUGAGGUUGAGGAGUCAAGUUAUAAGGAUUUCUUUGGAAAAGCUGGUCCCCCAACUAGUUCUGAUUGGGAUACAGCUAGGGCGUUUGCAACUUUUUUAAAGUUAUUUUAUGAGACAACUAGAGUGUUUUCCUCCUCACAACAUGGGAGUAUACAUGCAGAUUUUCAACAAUUAUCUGCAAUCUAUUGUGAGCUGCAAAAUGCCUCUUUGAAUUUGAGCACCAUUUUUGCAAGUGUGGCUGAGGAUAUGUUAGCAAAAUAUGAUAAGUAUUGGGGUAGUAUUACAAACAUUAAUAAGUUGCUAUAUUUUGGGGUAAUUUUCGAUCCACGUGCUUCCCAUGAUGAAACCUCUAUUGCUGCUGCCCAUAAUUCACAUAUGGCUAGAGCACAAACUUUUGAAUACCAUUUGAAAGAGAAAGACUCCAUUGACCAACAAAAUGAGCUUGAGGGAUAUUAUUCUAAGUUUCAAGGAAUGUCAGUGGGAAAUGCAACUACUGCACGUGACUCAUCAUCAAUGCCACCUAGUUGUGGUUGA